UGCUCUGUUUUGUGAUCAUAUUUUUUACUGUUUUAUUAAAACUAGUGAAAAUGGAUAAAAUCGGGAUAUUAAAAAACUCACUUAGUGGUUUUUCGCUGGAUCAAAAACUGCAAAUUAAAGAAUUAGGACGGCCAAUACCCGAUUUAAAAAUUGAGAAACAAAGUGGUAGCGGACAAAAAUCGCGCUGUCGCAAAUUUAAUAAAAAUGUGUACGAUAAAAACAGCUGUAUAUGUGGUUGUGAAGAAACGAAUAAACUAUUUUGUUUUGUAUGUGUUCUAUUUGGAGGUGACGAGACUUGGUCAAAAAAAGGUACAGACGAUCUUAUACAUAUAUGGGAUAAAAUGAAGACCCAUGAAAAAUCUAAAGUCCAUAUGAAUAAUGUUUUUAGCUUUUCUAUUCUUGGUAAAUUAAAUAUAAGGACUCAACUCAAUUCAGCUUAUCGCAAUGAUCUAAUUAAACAUAAUAAUCAAGUGGAUAAGAAUCGAUAUGUAUUGAAUAAAAUUAUUAAUUGUAUAAGGUUUUGUGGAGCAUUUGAGUUAGCCUUAAGGGGUCAUGAUGAAAAGGAAAAUUCGGAAAACAGAGGCAUAUUUAAGGAACUGGUGAAUUUUAGCGCCGAAUUAGACAACGAAUUGAAAGUCCAUAUUCAAAGUGCCAAACUUUUUGAGGGUACCUCAAAAACAACUCAAAACGAGCUUCUUGAGUGCAUGCUAGAUGUUUAUCAUGAAGAAGUUAAGAAGGAGAUUGCAAAUUCUCCUUUUGUUGCAGUAAUUGCCGAUGAAACGACGGACGUAGCCUGUGAAUUUCAGUUAGUUAUUAUUUUCAGAUAUUUGUGUAAAGGACAACCAGUUGAGAGAUUUUGGAGAUUUUACGUCCCCGACGGACACGAUGCCAAAUCAAUCGCUGCAUGCGUUUUAAAUGUUGUAAAUCCAUUACUAGAUCAAAAUCCAAACAAAUUAAUAGCUCAAAGCCAUGAUGGUGCGUCUGUUAUGAGUGACAAAAACAGGCUUAAAACUGAGUUACAAGUAUUAUAUCAGAGAGAAGAAUUGAGUACUACUUCUGGAGCUGUUCCACUAUCCAUUUUAUUGAACGAGGAAGGAUUAAAUUGUACGUUUCAAGAAACUCUUAAGCUCUUAAGUAUUUUAAUCACUAUACCGAUGUCAACAUCUGAAGCAGAACGCUCUUUUUCAAUGCUGAAACGGAUUAAAACUUUCCUCAGAAACACAAUGAAGGAAGAAAGGCUUAGUGCUUUAGGAAUGCUGUCUGCAGAAAAACAUUUUGUUAGUGGCAUUGAAUAUUUUAAUAAUAAGGUAAUCGAAAACUUUGCUACCAAAAAAGAAAGAAGAAUGGACCUCAUAUAUAGAAAACUAUAG